AAUGCUUCCCGCAAAAGCAAGGAAGCAAAGCAACAAACCGGCCGUUUCGUUCUUCUUCCUCCGCUGAGAAGGCGAGGCGACAGCAGCAGCAUGUGAUCCGUUUCAUCCAUUCCUCUCGCGCCACCAAAACACCCUGCUCAAUCUGACGUCACCAUAUCCUCAUCGCGUCAUUAAUCUAUCAUUGCGUCCACGCCUGCUCCACUCUUCGCCCGCCCAUCCUCCCUUCCCUUCCACGCGACGGAUUUUCGCUACAUAUCCUGCUUGAUUCGGCCAAGACUGUCGGAAGCUUGUGCUUAUUUACUUCCUUCUUUUUUCCUUUGCAUUUUUUGUGGGGUUUUUUUUUUAUCUCCCCACGUUUCCCUCUUCUCGUUGUGUGUUGAUCUGAGACUGAGAGAUCGAAGCCAUACGAUUCUGAGCGUGUUUAGGUUGUUUUAGCUUGCAAUUUCUUGAUCCGGUAGCCUGCGCUGCUCGAAAUCCGACUCUUUGGCUUUUGGUGAUCACUUGAUUGGUUUCUCCUAUUCCUCUAGCUAGUUUGUGUGAGGAUCGACUUGCGAAUUGGGGAUUCUCACCAUUUGAUUUCUUGGAUAGGUUGGUCUGGAAUCGAGGAAAAGGUUCCGUCUUGCAGUUCUUUCUCCUAAAAAUUCAACUUUUUUCGGGUUCAGAAGAGUUCAGCUCGAGAUUAAACCAGUCGGAGUUUCGGUUUGCUGCUUACCGAGCUCAUCAAGAUCGCUUGCUUCAACUGUCAAUGGACGAGUCCGGGGAAGCAAGCGUUGGGGCCUUCAGGAUCGGGCCGUCGACGCUGCUCGGCCGCGGGGUCGCGCUCCGCGUGCUCUUGUUCAGCUCGCUGUGGCGUAUGCGGGCGCGCGCGUACGCCGCCAUCUCGCGCGUGCGCAGCACGACGCUGCCGGUGGUGGCGUCCUGGCUCCACCUCAGGAACACCCAUGGUGUCCUCCUGAUGGUCGUCCUCUUCGCUCUCUUCCUGAGGAAGCUCUCCGGUGCGCGGUCACGGGCGGCGUUGGCGCGCCGGCGUUGGCUAUGCGAGAAGAUUAUGCGGCGUGCGGCGACGUAUGAGGAGUGGGCGCGUGCUGCCAAGGUGCUUGACAAAAUGUCUGAGCAGGUCCAUGAGGCGGAUUUCUACGACGAGGAGCUGAUCAGGAACAGACUUGAGGAACUCCGGCGGCGCAGGGAGGAGGGGUCUCUCCAGGAUGUGGUGUUCUGUAUGCGCGGUGAUCUUGUGAGGAACUUGGGGAACAUGUGUAAUCCUGAGCUUCACAAGGGCAGGCUUGAGGUUCCUAAGCUUAUAAAAGAUUAUAUUGAUGAGGUUUCUACUCAACUGAAAAUGGUGUGUGAAUCUGAUACCGAUGAGUUACUUUUGGAAGAGAAGCUUGCCUUCGUUCAGGAGACCAGGCAUGCCUUUGGGAGGACAGCGCUACUAUUAAGUGGGGGUGCUUCAUUGGGGUCUUUCCAUGUAGGUGUAGUGAAAACAUUGGUUGAACAUACGCUUCUGCCUAGAAUAAUAGCUGGAUCUAGUGUUGGUUCCAUUAUAUGUUCAAUCGUUGCUACCCGAACAUGGCCAGAGAUUGAGAGCUUCUUCACAGACUCAUUACAGACCUUGCAGUUCUUUGGUAGGAUAGGUGGAAUUUUUGCAGUAAUGAGGCGGGUCACGACUUAUGGUGCACUACAUGACAUUAGCCAGAUGCAAAGGCUUUUGAGGGAUCUCACAAGUAACUUAACAUUUCAAGAGGCUUACGACAUGACUGGCCGUGUUCUUGGGAUAACUGUUUGCUCUCCUAGGAAAAAUGAGCCACCCCGCUGCCUCAACUAUCUGACAUCACCACACAUUGUUAUUUGGAGUGCUGUAACGGCCUCUUGUGCAUUUCCUGGGCUCUUUGAAGCUCAGGAAUUGAUGGCGAAGGAUAGAUUUGGCAGCAUAGUUCCCUUCCACGCACCCUUUUCCACAGGUCCUGAACAAGGUCCUGGAGCAUCGAAGCGCCGGUGGAGAGAUGGGAGCUUGGAGAUGGAUUUGCCCAUGAUGAGACUCAAGGAGUUAUUCAAUGUAAAUCAUUUUAUUGUGAGCCAAACUAAUCCUCACAUUUCUCCACUCCUCCGAAUGAAAGAGCUCAUUAGAGCCUAUGGAGGCCGCUUUGCUGGAAAGCUCGCUUGUCUUGCUGAGAUGGAGGUUAAGUAUCGAUGUAACCAAAUUCUAGAGAUGGGUCUUCCACUGGGAGGACUUGCAAAGUUGUUUGCUCAGGACUGGGAGGGUGAUGUCACCAUGGUUAUGCCGGCAACAGUAGCUCAGUACUUGAAGAUUAUACAGAAUCCGACAUAUGCGGAACUCCAGAUGGCUGCCAACCAAGGCCGCAGGUGCACAUGGGAGAAGCUCUCUGCAAUCAGAGCAAACUGUGCUAUUGAACUUGCAUUAGAUGAAUCCAUUGCAGUUUUAAACCACAAACGGAGGCUGAAAAGAAGCAUUGAAAGGACAGCGGCGGCUUCCCAGGGACAUGCUAACUUUGUUCGACUCAAAACACCAAGGAGGGUACCGUCAUGGAGCUGUAUGAGUCGAGAGAAUUCUUCAGAAUCUCUCUCAGAAGAAAUUUCUGCAGUUGCUACUUCAUCCACGCACCAAGGUGCUGUUCUUGUUGUCGGCACACCAAAUAUUUCUCACCAUGUUCGGCACAAUUCACAUGAUGGAAGUGAGAGCGAAUCAGAAACCAUUGACCUCAAUUCUUGGACCAGGAGUGGUGGGCCUCUAAUGAGGACAGCAUCAGCUGACAAGUUCAUCAAUUUCAUUCGUAAUCUUGAGAUUAACACUGAAUUCAAUAGGGCCUGUACUGCAGAGGAUGAGACCACAGACAUUUUGUCGGAAUCUACCUUUCAUAACGAUCCACGCCCAAACAAUAGUUCUGGAGUUACUACACCAGACAGGUGCACAGAAGUUUCUGAGACCGAAUCAUACAACACUGGCAACACUAGAGCCAGUCAAGCUUCUGAAGGAGAUUUUCUGUAACCUGAGAGUACUACUGACGGUAUUCUACUUAACAUUGCGAAAAGAAAAGAGACGUUCUGCUUGCUCAGCACAACCGUGUAACUGAACUGGCUGAAAGCUCCUCCGCCGAAGCGUACACGGAAACUUGUGAUGUCGUCUCAGGGUCUGACUGUGAUGAAGAUAACAAGGAUGCAGCUGACUCAAGCAAUCCCUCAAUUGGUCAUGCUGAUUUGUAACUGCACAUCAAUCUUUAAUUGACUAGGUUCUAGAUUUUGACAGGUUUGUUAUAGUUUAUUACAUCAAUGCUGUCCAUGAGAACUGCAGUGCCUCUAUUUAAAGAGCACAGAUGACAUUGUGAUCUCUCAUAUAGUGAUGAUAUAAUUGUGUUAGUAUUUACAUAUAUUGUGAAAUCAUUGUUUGUUGUAGUAUAGCUUAUACGAAAUCAUCAGCAGAGCUAUUUCCUACUUUGCAUGUAUGCACUGGCAUGAUAUGGCCAACUGUUCGGAGACCGAUUUUUAUACUAUUCUGAUCAAGUUUCGAAACUAAUACACCCUGCUUCUUUGGGCA